AUGAAUUAAAAUAUAUUAAUUAUUGGUGCAGGAGUUGCAGGAUUAGCAUGUGCUUAAUAAUUAAUAAAAUAAGGUUAUAAUGUGAGAUUGUUUGAAGCAUCUAAUAGAUAUGGAGGAAGAGUCAAACCUUUAUUAGGAUUUAGUGAUAGACAUUUAGAGGCUGGUGGAUAAACAAUUCAUCAUCCAGAUAAUGAUUAUUAUAAAAUGGCUAUUGAAGCUGGGGCAUAAUUAGAAAUUGGAGGGGAUUUGGUUGGAUCAAUAUAUGAUCCUAUUCAAAAAAAAGUUAUUACUUAUAAAGAAUUUGAAAAUCUAUAUUAAAAAGAGUCUUAAUCACUUGAUGAUUUCAUCUAAGAUAGAAAUUAAUAGGAUGAACCAGUUUUAUAAAGAUUAUAAAAUAAACAAUAUAAUAUGGAAUUUAUUCAUUUAUUUUAAGCUUUAUAUGGUAGUGAAUAUGGAGCUUCAAUUGAAAAAAUUGGUGCCAGAGCUAUUGGAAGAUAUGAAUUUGAUAUGCCAAUGUUUGUAUCUGAUUUUGAAAUUGAAAAUCACUUUCAUCACAUUAAUAUUUUUGAUAAAUUCUUUAAAGAUGCAAUCUAAAUUAUUGAAUAUAAUAAGUAAGUAUUAUCUAUCAAAAUUAUUGAUUAAAAAGUUUUGGUUGAUAUAAAUGGUGAGCAAAAUGAGCAAAAUGAGCAAAAUGAGCAAAAUGUUCAAAAUAAAUAUUAAUUUGAUUAUGUUGUUUGUUGUGUUCCUAUAACACAAUUAAAGAAAUUGAUUAUAGAGCCUGCUUUUGAUGAAACAAGAUAAAAAUAAAUAAAUUUAGUGGGUAUGGAUAAAGGAGGAAAAUUCUUUAUUAAAUUAGACAAAAAAUUUUUAUAACAUGAAGAAGACUUUUUUAUACCUAAAUUUAAUCAUAAUUCAUUAUGGUGGGAUAGUUCAAGUGAAAAUGAUUCAAUUAUUAUUGGAUUAUUGGGAUUAAGUGCACAUAAUAGAGUAAUGGAAAUAGGAAUAGAAGAAUUUGCUAAAGAAGUUAUUUAAAUUAUAAAUGAAUAAUAUCAAGUAGAUUUGAAUGUUCUAUCAUAUCAUUAUGAAGAUUGGGGAAAUACACCAUUUAUUGAAGGAUUAUAUUCAUAUCCCAUGUCAGGAAUUGAUGAUAAUUAUAGAUAAAUUAUUUCAGCACCUCAUUUAAAUAGAUUAUUUUUUGCAGGAGAAGCAUUUCAUCCAGUUUACUAUUCUACAAUUCAUGGUGCUUAUGAGAGUGGAAUUAAUGCAGCUAAAUAAAUAAUUAAAUGA